UGUGACGAAGUUGCGCUAAUCCGUGGUUGGUAGACUACUCCAUACAGCAGCACAUAACUCCGCAGCCACCGCAGGAAUCAAGAACGCGAAAGUCUUCCCUGACCCAGUCUUUGCAGCACCUAGCAGCCCUUCCCGUGCAUUGGCGAAGCCCCGAGCAGUCAACGACAGACUGCGCUUUUCGAAGCCUAUCCAAGCCAAUACUGUUGCGCAUCAUGUCUGGAGAAAAGCGACCCGCCGCCAAUUCCUUCGGCUCGUCGCAACUUGUCAAGCGCGCAAAAGCGGACACGGAAGGCUCAGCAUUGUCAGUGGUCAAUAGAGCAGGCGAAAAUGGAGCUCUUAUACAAGCUCAGGGAAGGGGUGGACUUCAGGCGCCGAUCAUGGAGCUUCAAGGUCACACUGGAGAGGUAUUCGCGGCGCGAUUUGAUCCCACUGGUCAAUUCAUAGCUUCGGGCGCGAUGGACCGCUCCAUAUUACUCUGGCACUCGAGCGGCGCUUGCGAGAAUUACGGACUGUUGCCAGGCCACAAGCAAGCCAUCCUGGAUCUCCACUGGUCGCGAGAUUCCAAAGUGUUGUUCUCGGCCUCGGCUGACAUGACUCUGGCCAGCUGGGACGUUGAAACGGGCGAGAGGAUACGGAGACACCCUGGGCAUGAGGAGGUCAUUAAUUGCAUGGAUGUCAGCAAGCGCGGGGAAGAAAUGCUCGUGAGCGGUUCGGACGACGGGUACAUCGGACUCUGGGACCCGAGAACGAAAGAAGCUGUGAAGUUCAUCGAGACGCCCUUUCCCAUCACGGCAAUUGCACUCUCGGAAGCCGGAAACGAGCUCUUCACGGGAGGAAUUGACAACGACAUCAAAGUGUGGGACUUGCGCAAGGAGGAGGUGAUAUACUCAUUACUUGGGCACACCGACACCGUCACUUCGUUACAAUUGUCACCGGACAACAUGACACUGCUGUCGAACGCACAUGAUUCCACCGUUCGCACCUGGGACGUUAGACCUUUUGCGCCGGCGGACCGACGAAUUCGCACAUAUGACGGGGCUCCCACGGGGCAAGAGCGCAACCUUUUCAAAGCGAGUUGGGAUCCAAAGGGCCGGAAGAUUGCUGCCGGAAGUGGCGAUCAGACGGUCGCUAUCUGGGACGCUGGCAGUGGCAAGCUGUUGAGCAAGCUGCCCGGACACCGUGGCGCAGUGAACGAUGUUCGCUUCUCUCCCGCCGACGAAUCGUUGUUGUUGUCUGCCUCGUCGGAUCGCACCCUCCUGUUAGGAGAGCUGGGUAAGUGAAGGAGGAGAGGGCAACGUUUGGCUGCAGGGCCACAGUUCAGAACAAGUUCCCAGAAGCGGGAAGCGACAUCG